UGUGUAUCAUACACACAUAUGCAUAUACAUAAAUAUUAAUUGAAAGGGAAUGGGGGCACACUAUUUACACACACACACACACACAUAUAUAUACACACACACGCAUACACACAUGUCAUUUUAUGUAUAUGUAUGUAUGUGUAUAUGUACACACAUGUAUAUCUCAAGCAGAAGUGGGAGGGAAUGGUGUUACACCGUAUUUAUAUUUUUAAAUGCGCGCGCACACAUACAUAUAUAAAAAGUGGAAGAGGGGAAUGGGGACACACUAUUUAAAUACACACACAUCAAAAAAAGUGGAAGGAGGGAUGAAAUGGGCGGCACACCAUAUAUAUAUGUGCGUGUGUGUGUGUAUCAUACACACAUAUGCAUAUACAUAAAUAUUAAUUGAAAGGGAAUGGGGGCACACUAUUUACAUACAUAUAUAUAUACACACACACAUACAUACACACAUGUCAUUUUAUGUAUAUGUAUGUAUGUGUAUAUACACACAUGUAUAUCUCAAGCAGAAGUGGGGGGAAUGGUGUUACACCAUAUUUAUAUUUUUAAAUGCAUGCACGCACACACAUACAUAUAUAAAAAGUGGAAGAAGGGAAUGGGGGGACACCAUUUAAAUACACACACAUCAAAUAGAGGGGGGAAUAGAGGCACGCCGUUUAAAUAAAUAUAUACACACACAUCAAAUGGAAGGGGGAGGGAAUGGGGACACACCAUCCACUCACACACACACAUAUAUAUAUGACACACACAUAUAUACAGAUAUCUAUCUCAAGUGGAAACGGGAGGGAAUGGAGGCCACUUUAUAUGUGUGUAUGUGUAUAUGUGUGUGUGCGUGUAUAGUGGAAGGGGGAGGGAAGAGGGGGCACAGCACACACACAUACAUGUAUGGUGCCUCCCCCCUCCACUUCCACUUGGUCAGGAUCCAAAGGCCUGAGUCCCUCCCUGGCGCUGCCUUCCUCCGCAAUCCCUCCUCCUCUCCAUCCCUGGGAUGCAGAGGAGAACAACGAUGGCCAUUUUCCGGUCCUGAGGAUUUGUGACAGCACCAGGGGUAGAUGUGAGACACACACACACACUCACAGGAGAUCCAGCCUCUCUUUCUCUCUUUCUCUUUCUCGCACAAGCACACGCGUGUGCGAGGACUCCAUUCUCAUCCUUGGUAGGAGCGAACACACCGAAGCUGCAGCCAUGGAUGUCCGGAGAGACCUGCCCACUCCGGCCAAAAACGAGGACCCUGAAGCCAAGCGGGAGCGCCUCUACCGCCUGACCCAGUCCUACGUUGAGAUGAACCACCGCCUGCAGAAGGCCUGCAGCCUCCUGAAGGAGAAGUGCGAGGAGCUGAAACUGGCUGGGGCCACCUUGGAGCAAGGCAUCCUGGAGAUGAAACAGAGGGCCUUGUGAGGCACACAACUCUUUCUUUCUUUCGCGGGGGGCUGGGGAGGGGGCUGGGGGGAAAAGCCAACGAGGGUGGAAUAAAACAACCCCUCUGCUGCCGCAAAAACCAAAAACCCAUUUAUGAGCCCAGAAGCAUCCUCUUCCUUCCCGCAAAAAGACUCGCCGGCCUGCGAUGAGAUCGAUUCCAGCAUGCAUCCGCCGCUGCUUCUUCCUCCUCAACGCCGUUGCCACUGCCAUCUUGUGUUUUAGGUUCCAUGAAUGUGUGCUGACCGCAAGGCCCCUCCGCUCCCGCCGUCUGCUUUCCGAUCUCUUCCGUCUGCCCCCCGUCAUGUGCUUUGUAUAAGUCGGGGUAGAAUUGGGGGGAGGCUGUUUUUCGUUCAGUUGUCUUAUGUGUUUCGUUCAGGAGAACUGGACUUGGAGGGCGAAGAGGUGGAAAAGAGCGAAGGGUUUAGCUACUGUUUUUUUGGGGGGUGGGUGGAGGUGUCCCGUCGACAGGGGGCUUUGCCAUGACCUCUCUCCCCCCGCCCCAUUAUGAUUUCUCCCUCUGGUACUCCCCAGAGGAUGAGAAUGUAGCCACCGACGUGGCCGGGAUCCUCCGGGAGCACGGCUUCUGUGGCUACGUGGAGCACCAAGAUGCCGUGGCUGGGAGGCCGGUCCUCGCUUUGACUGAUGAGGGCAUCCGCUCCAGCCGGGUGGCCCUCCUCCUCCUGAGCCCCCACUCCUUGGGCGACACCUGGUGCCAGCGGGUGGCCGAGUUGACCUUACUCCACACUGUCCACCGAGAGGGGGCCAAAGUCAUCCCAGUGUAUGUGGACGUCCAGCCGGAGCAGGCCCCACUGUCCCUGAGGCACUUGACUGGACUGGAAUAUGGCCAGCAGUUUUUCAAGCAGAGGCUCAUCCGCAGCGUGGAAAAGAAUUGUAAAAGACACCGCUAGAAAGGGGUCGGCGCCGUGCCCCUCGUCAGAUCCGCUUGGUCUCUGUGACGUGGGUUUGGUGAAUGUGUUGAGGCUGGUUGUUUUAAUUUAAGAAAACCCUUAUUAAAGAGCAGGUUUUGGACAA